AUGCGCCGUCUCGUUCCCGGCAACGGAACUGGCAAGGUGUGGUCGCUGAACACCUGGAAGGCACUCUACAAGCGGCUCCCCUAUAUCACCCUCUGGGCCGAGUGCCCCGAUAUCAUGAUCGCCCACUACGUCGACGCGACCUACCCUGAGACCCCGCAGCUCGUGCUCGCAGGCUCGGACGCUGAGCGCUGA